GUGUGGUGGUGGCCCCAACUUGAUCAAUCAUUGUCUAGUAAUCCUAUUUAUAGAAGAAGUAUUUGGUAGAAGAAGAAGAAGAAGCAACAUUUCUACAUAAGCAUUUGAGAGCUGCGGCCAUGGCUACGGACUUCAGAUCCAUCCCCUUGAUUGAUAUUGGUCCAUUAGUGGAGAAAUGGGACGAUCCCAACCCAACCCGAGAUCAAAGUGUAGCCCAAGUUGUUCAAAACUUGGACAAAGCUUGCAGAGAAGCUGGCUUCUUUUACGUGACGGGCCAUGGCAUUCCGGAUUCUAUGGUGAAAGAAAUUAGAAGCAUAUCUCGCCAGUUUUUCGAUUUACCAUAUGAUGAGAAGCUCAAAAUAAAACUAUCUCCGACAACCGGAUACAGGGGAUAUCAACGGGUCGGAGUGAACGUUACCAAAGGUGUACUCGAUAAGCACGAAGCUAUUGAUUGCUACAAAGAGGUGAAACCUGGAAUGUAUGGAAGCCUUGGUGAAGUUAUGGAAGGAUGUAAUCAGUGGCCAAAUGAUCCUCCUGGUUUUAAAGAUUUAAUGGAGGAUUAUGUCAACCGUUGCACAGAUUUGUCUAGAAAGAUAUUAAGGGGAAUAGCUCUAGCAUUGGGUGGACCUUUGGAUAUGUUUGAAGGUAAUAUAGCAGGAGAUCCGUUUUGGGUGGUUCGCAUUAUUGGAUAUCCCGCUAUCAACAGUAGGAAAAUACCCGAUGCCAUAAAUGAUAUUGGAUGUGGAGAACACACUGACUACGGUUUACUAACAUUGGUUAAUCAAGACGACGAUAUAACUGCACUGCAAGUAAGAAACAUUGACGGAGAGUGGAUACCAGCUCCACCUGUUCCAGGCUCAUUUGUUUGCAAUAUAGGCGACAUGCUGAAGAUCUUGACAAAUGGGAUAUACGAAUCAACUGUGCAUCGGGUGACGAACAAUUCUGCGAAAUAUCGUGUUUGUGUCGCAUACUUCUAUGAGACAAACUACGAUGCUGCUGUAGAGCCACUUGAGAUAUGCGUGGACAGGAGUGGUGGCGCGAAGAAGAUUGAUGGAGCUGUUGUUUAUGGGAAGCAUUUGGUUAGUAAAGUGCUCAACAAUUUCGUGUUCUAGUUUUUGUACUCCCUACAUCCCAUACAAAUAGACUAAUUGGGAUGUCACGAGUUUUAGUGCGUAAUUGGUAAAGUAAGAUAAACGGACAUAAGUAUUUGAAAUAAUGUACUCUCUUUGUCCCUUAAAUUUAUCACACUUAACUGAGCACGAGUUUUAAGAAAUGUAAUGAAAAGUGAGUUGAAAAAGUUAAUGGAGAGUGAGUCCUACUUUUAUUA